AUGAACAACGGCUCUCAUAAAGUUCAUGACCCAAAGAAUGCAGAACAUAAAAGAAGGUCUAGAGAAAAUCAGGCUUUAUUUGUUAAUUGUUUAAUUGGGUUAUUGAUUGCUGUAAGUAAAAAAACUAUUGGAAUUAAAUGUCCAUUAAAGAUAUACAAAGAGGGAAGUCCUCAAUAUUUUCAAAUUAUUCAAAUAGAUAACUUCAAACUUAAGAACAGAAAAGUUAGAAGUAUUGAAGAAGUUAAAAUUAUUAAAACUAUUACUAAUGAAGUAGUAAAGGGAUUAUCUCCAGAACAAAAGAAAAUGUCUUAUUGUCAACCAGGCAAAGUGGGGUUUGUUCGUUAUAACUGGAUAUAUCCAUUUUUAACAAAAGAGAGUUUCUAUAAAUUUGGAAGGAAUGUUUGUGAGUUAAUCAAAGAAAAGCUUGUACAUAAUACUUCAAAACAAAUUGUUUUUAUUGAUAAUGAAAUGGUACAUAAAAUAAAUGGAUGGGUUGAAUCUGAGAGAGGACAAUUAAGCACUACAGAAACAAAAUUCCAAUUCAUUAAUCAAAAGGAUAUACCAGAAAAUGAAAAAACUGAAUCUGAUAAUACCGAAACAAUUAGUGAAGAUUUUGAUUCAAAAUAA